AGAGAGAGAGAGAGAGAGAGAGAGAGAGAGAAGAACAGAUGGGCAGUGAAGAGAAAAACCGAAGCCUCAUCUUCACCUAUGGAACCCUGAAACGAGGCUUCCCCAACCAUCGCUUAAUAGAAGGCCUGAUGCCAACAGGGGACGCCAUCUUUCUCGGUAUUUAUCGAACAGUCGAAAGAUACCCACUCGUCUGUGGUCCCUUUCGAGUUCCUUUCCUUAUCAACCUCAGCGGCCAUGGCGACCGAGUUUGGGGAGAGUUAUACGCCAUGACGGGAAAAGGGCUUGAACGGAUGGACGAAUUGGAAGGAACGACUCGUGGGCACUACGAGAGACUGCCUAUGGUAGUUGUUCCGGCGGAUGAAGCCGCACACGGCAAUGAAACGAGGAUUGCACCGGUUGUCAGAGCAGAGGCGUAUUAUGCCCACCGGAGUUAUGGGGAAGAGCUGUGGCGGAGCAAUGGAGAAAGAGGAUUCUGCAAGUAUUCGGAGGAUGAAACGAGUGGAUAUGUAAGGAGGACUGAGAGGCCUCAGAAUGUUAGCUUUCUUGAACAUAUUCAGUUGUUCUGUUCUUCUUCUUCUUCUUCUUCUUCUUCUUAUCCUCGAGUAACUGUAAUUGAUUGAAUUCUGUGAUCGAUGGUGAUAUGGUUCGUGAAUAAAUUACAAAUGUGUUCUUAA